AUGACCGAACACACCAACGGUGCUUCUUCGUCUUCGGGUCCCAAGGUCCACAAGGUCGUAAUUAUCGGCUCGGGUCCUGCUGGUCAUACUGCUGCUAUAUACCUCGCGCGAGCCAACCUCGAGCCUGUUCUCUUUGAGGGUAUGCUUGCCAACGGCCUUGCUCCCGGCGGACAGCUCACGACAACCACUGAUGUUGAAAACUUCCCCGGUUUUCCUGAGGGCAUCCGUGGUCCCGAGAUCAUGGACAAGUUCCGCGCGCAAUCCGUACGUUUCGGAACCGAGAUUCACACCGAGACCAUCGCAAAGCUGGAUCUUUCUUCGCGCCCGUUCAAGUUCUGGCGCGAGUGGGCCGAGGACAAGCCUCCCGAGCUCACCGAAACUCUCAUCAUUGCUACGGGUGCCAGCGCCAAGCGCAUGCACCUUACCGGCGAGGACACCUAUUGGCAGAGCGGUAUCUCGGCGUGUGCCGUUUGUGAUGGUGCCGUGCCCAUCUUCCGAAAUAAGCCGCUCGUGGUCGUUGGUGGUGGUGAUAGUGCUGCCGAGGAGGCCAUGUACCUCACCAAAUACGCCUCGCACGUCCACGUUCUCGUGCGUCGAGACGAACUGCGUGCCUCCAAGAUCAUGGCCAAGCGUUUGUUGGCGCACCCCAAGGUAACUGUCCACUUCAACACAGUACCCAUCGAGGCCAAGGGUGACGGUGAGCUGCUCCAGGCUGUGCGCGUCAAGGACACCAAGACCAACGAGGAGCGCGAUAUGGACGCCAACGGUCUUUUCUACGCCAUCGGUCACUUGCCCGCAACCUCGCUCGUCAAGGGCCAGGUCGACCUCGACAGCGACGGAUACAUCAUCACUACGCCAGGUACCGCCCAGACUUCAGUCAAGGGUGUCUUCGCUGCUGGUGACGUGGCUGACAAGAAGUACAGGCAGGCUAUCACGAGUGCAGGCACUGGAUGUAUUGCUGCCCUUGAGGCUGAGCGUCUUUUGGCCGAAGAGGAGGUGCUCGACCCUGUCGAUGCUGCUCAGGCCAAUCACUACACUGGUACUGACAAGGCAUAG